UUUCAUUCAAACGGCGUCGUUGAGCCCUGGUUCUAAACCCUAAAUUAUUACAUUUGCCUGGGUAACAGAGAGUGAGGUUCAGUAGCCAUGGAGGAAGAGGAACAAGAGCAAAGUGCAGUGAGAAUCUUCGUCGGAGGAUUGGGUGAAGCCGUCACCGGCGAUGAUCUCCAGCGGCUAUUCGCUUCUCUCGGCACCGUCCAAUCAAUCGACACAAUCCGAACCAAAGGCCGCAGCUUCGCCUACCUCGACUUCAUCCCCUCCCCCACCGAUCCCAAAUCGCUCACCAAGCUCUUCAGCAAGUACAAUGGCUGCGCAUGGAAGGGUGGAAGGCUCAGACUCGAGAAAGCCAAAGAGAAUUACCUUGCACGGUUGAAGAAAGAAUGGGAAGAAGAAGCUCUGGUUAACAGUAUCCAAUCACCAUCUGAUGAUGAUGAUGUUCCUGCUCAGAAUAAUGAAUUGGAGGAAAACCCGAAUGCGAGACGCGCUUCGAAUAUUCCAGACACGAAGCAGCUCAGGGUUUUCUUUCCCAGAUUGAGAAAGGUGAAAUCUAUACCAUUCAGUGGAUCUGGCAAGCACAAAUAUAGUUUCCAGAAUAUUAAAGUUCCUCCGAUGCCCGUGCAUUUUUGUGAUUGUGAGGAACAUUGUAGUCCUUUUGUCAAAGAAAGAGGAAAAGUGCCUUCUCAUGGGACAGCAGAAAUUGGUGGAAUAAAUGAUGAAGAAAUUAACAUAAUGAAUGCUGUGAUGAACAAGCUAUUUGAAAAAGAAAAGGUUUCCAACACCAAGGAUCUUGAAAAGGGGCAGGAUUCCUUUAAAUCACCUGAUGCUUUACCUUUAAAUGAAUGUGAAGUAGAUAGUGCAACCGAUGAUGAUGAUGACGGUCUCAUUAUUAAUAUUGAGACUAAGAAAAGUAAAGCAGCUUUAUCUGGGAGCCAUGAACUUGAAAGGAUCAUGGAAAAUCCGGAAUCAUGGUCGAACAAAACAAGAAUUGCCAAGGAAGAACCGAAGGAGAGUAUGCUUCAAGUGCAGAAAAGGAGUGAUGACAGUCAGAACAAGGUCAAGAAGCGAAAACCACUUCCUGAAUUGGAGAGCGAAAGCAAUGGGUGUGUCUCUACAACCCCUGGUAGCAAAAGUAAUACGAAGACCCUUCCAGAUGAGCUGGGAUCUGGUGCACAUCCUGCAAAAGUUUCAUGGAUUCAGAAGUCUUCAUGGAAAGAACUUCUUGGUCAAGGAGGCAGCGCUGCUUUCAGUGCCUCUCUCAUACUGCCGAAGCCCGAUUCUGGUAUAGAUCAACAAAGAACUGAUGAUCCUUCGACACCCUCAUCUGCAAGCGACGAAACUGAAAAUAGUGAAAGCGAUGAUGAAUACCCAGGGAGCGAACCUACCAAUACACAAGUGAUACAAGAGUCCGCUGAACCACAACCUACCAAUAAACGAGUGAUAAAGGAGCUUGCUAAAGCUCAGCCUACCGAUAAAGGAGUGAUAAAUGAGCCUGCUGAAGUCCAGCCUAUCAAUAAAGGAGUGAUGAAUGAGCCUACUGAAGCCCAUCCUACCCAUAAACAAGUGACAAAUGAGCUUGCUGAAACUCAGCAUAAUGUGGCACCUAAUAACACGGGUAGAGGUGCUUCGUGGCUGCGAAAGCAAUCCUGGACACAACUGGUUAGUCCAAGUAAUAAUUCCUUCAGCAUUUCGCAAAUUUUGCCUGACAUUACUUUCCCAGAGCCAAUAUUCAAGGAGCCUGUUGUGGAUCCUGCCAAUUCCGAUGAUUGCAAGCAUGGUGGUGUAAAUAUGGAUACUACUAAUGAAGCUUUCAACGGGGAGAUUAUACCAGAGAAGAGUCAGCAUACUGAUGCCAGUGAUACUGCUGCUCCAGUAGUGGAGCAAAAAACUGAAACAAGUCCAGGAGACGACGACACGUCCACUGCUGAUAUUGAAAUAGGCGAAACUUGCUCAUUUAUGAGGAGUGCUGCUUCUUUGAAAGAGUGGGCAAAAGCUAAGGCUGCACUUAGUGGAUCACUCAAGCGAAAGCGUGGUGAGAAGUAAAGGCAUUGAGCUGCAUGAUCUCAUGGGUUUGAGCAGUAUUAUGAUUUAUAUACACUGUUGUUUUUUCAGUUCAAUCAAGUGAAAAUGCAAGGUAAAGAAAGGCAAAUCCGUUUUCAGAUACUGUGAAAACAGGAAGACUAUGUAUGCACUUUGCAAAAGAUUUAUUCAUACUUUUUUCUUUACACACUUGCAAUGUUGUAUCUUUGUUGUUUUAUUAACCAAAAACGAAGGAAUUGGAUUCUCUCAAGCAGGAAUCCUCAGCAAUCUGCA